GUGCUGGAAGCGCUGGAAGUGCUCGGUGACGCGGCGGGUGCGCGUGUGCUUUCCGUUCGCGCGUCGACACGGGCGGCUUUCAAAGGUCGGCAUGCGUCGUCGCUCUCGUGGUCGCCGCUGAUCUUACGUGCUGCGCCUAGACGGGCUCGAGAGCGCGAUGUUGCAGUGGGUGCACUGGAGGACGGCGUGUUAUGUACGGCGCCGGGCGCAUUCUUCAACCGAUUGUCACCGCGCCUUGAACGGGCUGGACCGACAGUGCCGUAGCGUGCCACUCGCGCUGUUGCUCGUGAUGUGGAGCUUUCAGCUGGCCAAUGCUGCCACCGAACUCGAGGACAUUACAAAACUUGCUGAGCUCGCCUUGCGGCGGUACGAGCCGUCUAUAUAUAAGCUCACGGGCAAUGUUAGCGAGAUGCUGGUGUCGUUACUGAAUAGCCUGCGAUCGUCCAGACUGUCGCACCGCUUCGAAGCGGUAAACUGCUCGCCUCCUUUCAACGGCAGUGCUCUCUGCGAAGAGGGUGCCGAGUGCCUUCCGGUGGGUGACCUGCUGCAGCUGUUCCCAGAAGCAGCCGAGCAAAGCGUGGCUCAGGCACUGGUUCGCCUCUGUCCUGUGCUGCUCUUCCAGAUGCAGCACCAGUCGUGUGAUUUUACCCCACCAGCAUCACCACGGGGCAAAACACGUCCCACACCAGGCCAGGUGUGGGGCUUUGGCAUGCUGGCCGUGCUUAUCAUCAGCUGCUGCUCACUAGCAGGCUUGGUAAUUGUGCCUUUCCUGAGCCAUGCCCUCUACCACCGGCUGCUCAUGGUGUUCGAGGGCCUGGCUGUGGGCUCCCUGCUGGGCAGUGCCGUCUUUCACCUCAUCCCACAGGCAUUCAACCUACUUGGCCAAGACCGAGAGCACGACUACCUGUGGAAAUCCCUCAUAGUGUUUGUGGGUGUGUACCUGUUCUACCUGAGUGACAAAGUGAUGCGCUUCAUUGCCGAUUACCGACAGAGGAGGAGUGAUUCGGAGAUUUCGUUUGGACAUGCGCUGGCCAAUGGCUGUGUCCUUGAGCUGUCGUCAGGAGACUCACCUGUUCGAAAGAGCACUCUUGCCACUGCUGAACCUCUGCAGGCCCACAACCACGACCACGGAAUCAAAGCGGGUGAUGGCAUUGCCGCUGUCGCCUGGAUGAUCAUCUUUGGUGACGGCAUGCACAACUUCAUCGAUGGCCUCUCCAUUGGGGCAGCAUUCUCCGAGAGCCUUCUCGCUGGAGCCAGCAUUUCAGUUGCCGUGGUGUGUGAGGAGUUUCCACACGAACUCGGGGACUUUGCGGUGCUGCUGAGUGCGGGCAUGAGCACCCGCCAGGCUGUGGCGUACAACUUCCUGUCGGCGCUCACCUGCUUCCUGGGUCUGGGUGUGGGCAUUCUGGUGGGUGACCUCACUGAAGGCGCCCCGCACAUCUUUGCCUUGGCUGCUGGCAUGUUCCUCUACAUUUCCCUCGUUGCCAUGAUGGGUGAGUUGAACGAAGCCCUGGACGCAGCCAGCAAGGAGGGCUUUGUGGCCUCGGUGAAACUGUUCCUGCUCCAGAAUGUGGGCAUUGGUGUUGGGGUGGCGCUGCUCUUUCUGAUGGCCAAGUACAGUGAGAAGAUCAACUUUGAGUACUUCUCGAGUCUUCCAGUCGGAGUGAGCUUGGCAGCAGCCUCGUUUGGGGGCACGCACGACGAUGCCAGGGCUGUGUUUGGGGGCCUCGGCAUGUGACUUGAACCGUGCUCUCGACAGAGUGCCGUCCAGCUGGGCAGAGUGCAUGACUGCCCGGCAGCAGUCUUCUUCCCUUUAGCAUAUCCCCUACGGUGGGUAAGUUGACAUGCGUCGCCUUUUGCACGUUUCAAGAAUGAGUUGUGGCUGCAUGGCAUCCAUGAACCAGCCUCGCUUCCGUGCAAUGGCUGGGUGCUUUUGUGUGGCACCUAGGCAGGUCUUUCUGUCUUCACCGUCACGCCACAUUGCAAGCACAACUGUAAGAGAUUCUGCAAUACGUAGCAUUCCUGACUAUUUGAAAAAGUUCUUGCAUGUAAUGGCUUCUACAGCUCUGUUUUGUGACAUUUUCGAUAAGACCAUUGUUGUUUCUUUACAACUUGCAUUAAUAAACAUGGACUAAAUGCGCAGGAAGUUUGCACCCUUGAUGUGUGUGAUGAAAUAGUGGUGCUGUGCAGUGUGUUAUUUACUUAUCAACAGUGCUCACACUCGGCUGGUCUUGCUUGCUCAGCCACGGAAUGAUGACUGUAUCGUGGAGAUCAGCUGGGGAUUGCUGUGUGAUGUACCGCUCAUUGUGCUGCUGUUCUUGUGCGUGCCUGUUGUUAUGCGGUAUAAUACCCCUGUCUAAGCUGAAGGGCAUUUACCUGCAGUGAGAUUAUGUCCUCCCAUCAGAAUAUUCAUUGCCUAGUGCUGGUGCAAGUAAUAGUAGUUAAAAGAAUUUCUGGCUCAUAGUGAGAAAACAAAUGUCUUGUUUCUUAGCUGCUUGUUGCUAAGUCAUGACAAGCCCAUACUGUCUUGCAAUAAUUGAAGUAUAUUAGUCAAGAGUACAAGCUCAGGUGCCUGCUUAAUAUAGAUAGGCUAAUGGCAUCAAGCUUAUUUGCAGUUGUGGCAGUAUCGAAACCUAUUCAUUUAGUACCUUUGAUACACAUGACAUGUAAGAGAAAUGUUGAAAGUUCUUUGUUCACAUGAGUUGUGAAACUCUUAAUGGGUAGCAUGUAGUACUGUGAUUGGCUAAUAUUGCACAAGUCUACUGAUUACAGUGUUAUCUGUGGGCAAGCUAAUGUUUGGCAUUUUUUGGGUCUUACAUUGUACACAAUGCAAACACUACCACAUUUGGCAAAGUUAGCAUGUGAUGUGGCAUAUGUUUCUGUUGCGAUAGAUGCCGCCACCGCUGUAUAAUCUCUGCUGAUUGCAUAGGGUAAUGCAUAGUGGACAGUAGUGUAGAAUCUACUAGGCAUAUUCAUCCACACCUGAUUUGUGCUCGAAAGUGAAGAAACUGUGGAGGGUCAGUUGUCUGUUCCGGUGGCAUGUCCAACAGCAAAAGAACUUGCAGUGCAGUGAGUAAUAAAGAUUUCAUUUCAUUUUGUU